AAAUACAUUUUUCUGUUUUUGGCUGUUGUUCUCAAUAUGGUUCCUUUUCCGGCCUCUUGAAGUUUCAGAAGCUUCUAACAUUUUUAAAGCUUGAGCCCGUCGAGAUGGUGUUACCUUGGGUUUUACCCCAUGCGGACUGAUUAUUAUUUUUUUGGUUAUUUUUUGUUUUGUUUUUUCUGUUGAGUCUCAAGUUGUUCACACUUUGGUUUAACAUGAUCAAAAUGGGGGCGCUUUAAAGAUCGCAGUAAGAAAAAAAAGCAGUGACUUUUCCUUUCGGGACAUUCUGAAUGUGUUUAUUAAUACGAGCCCCAAAUGAUGAGUGACGGAACAUGAAAUAACGAAGUCGACAACAACAGCUUUCAGGCCCUUUGAUCGACUGCAGCGCAGCAUAAACACUCCCACACACCCCAGUUUGUACCCAGAGUCAUGAGUUUCCUUCGCUAGCCACAAAUGAGGCGUUAGUGUGACAGUCGUCCCUGUCAGUCUCAGAGGUUCUCGCAGCGUCUCAGGUGUCCUGUGCGUGUGGCAGCCUGCCUGCAGCCCCUGUUGCGGGAUGAAAGCCAAGUGGUGGAGCUGCGUGUUGGCGCUGCUCUGCAUGCCUGCCGAGGUGAUGCCGAACACCCGGACAGUUCUCCAAAGCCCCUUGACCAUUUCCAAUGUGUGGAUCAAUUCGUCGCUUGAGAUCAAAUGCUCCACACCCCAAGGAGACCCUAUCGGCCUCUCUCUAAAACGGCACUUCCUUGGAGAUGAGCAAAUUCUGUACCUCCACUUUGACAAAGAAGUUGUUACCAAGAACACUACAGCUGAUAAAUUUCUAAACAGAAUUAGCAUAACCGAAGAGCAGCUGGAUCCAGGAGUCGGGUAUAAGUUUAAGCUGUCCCUUCUGGAGCAGAAAGACACAGACUUGUAUUACUGCAGCUGGGUCUACAUUGACGAAAAAUACAAUAACUUGAACUUGGAGAGCAAUGGGACAGUCAUCAUUGUCGGAGAGGGCGGACCCGUGAAAGCAUGCAGCCUCCGCACCGUAGAUCUGACCCUGAUCUGCCUGAGCAUCGUGGCAUUUACCGGCAUAUUGCUGAUGUUCAUCUGCCUGAUGAUUGUGAGGUGCAGGAGGUUCAAGAAGAACUUCACGCCUUUCAGAGGUUACGCCCCUCCCUUGCCUCCGAGACCCUCGCGGCCUCCGCGACCCCCCAGAACCAACCAGCCUCGGAACAUCUACAUGCAGCAGCAGACCGUCAAUCACUGCCCCUAUAUGAUGACAUCCACACACGACUACGGCAUCUUUGGCAAUGUGUGAUGCUAAGCGCCGAUGCAAACUGAUGAUAAAAUCUAAUUUUUGCAGCCAGGGCAUCUGAAAAGCACUCUGGCUGGAAAUAGAUAGCGGAACUGGUUAGCUUUAUGCAGUGCCUUUCACUUCCUUGACAUCUAAUUUACCGUUUUUGUCUGCAGAAAUGUGUCUCAGCUACCACAUCCUGGAUGAAGCGAGAAUGUACAGGUGUGUGAGUGUGUAUGUGUGUGUGUGUGUGUGUGUGUGCGUGCGUGCGUGCAUG